GAAGUGAAGAGAGCGACUCCAACCGUGAGAGAGCGAGAGAGACAGAAAGGGAUAUAGCUACAGCGCAGUGACCUACAGAGACAGAUGAGUAAGUGCUGUGUGUGGAGUGUUACCACCGUAUCUUGUUAUCAAGGAUCCCAUUAAGAUGGUCCCAUAGCCCUCGUGCUCCAUAUCUGGAUAUUUCUACUUCCAUGUGGGAUGAGCAGCUGCGCUCAGCGAGAGAGACCGAGGCAUCUGACAUCAACACCAUGAGGUGCCACAAGGUGAAGUCAGUAUAGUGUGAGCAGGAGCCCUGAGAUGGCGACGCAGGGGCUGGCGGCCCGGCUCUUGGUGCUGUUGGCCGUGUUGGCGGUGGCUCAUGCCUCUGUCUUCCAGUCCAAUCAGAAACUGAAACCUCGGUUCCAGCGAGACCGGCGCAACAUCCGUCCCAACAUCAUCCUCAUCCUCACCGAUGACCAGGACAUUGAAUUGGGCUCCAUGCAGGUCAUGAAUAAGACCCGGCGGAUCAUGGAACAGGGUGGAACGCACUUCUCCAAUGCGUUUGUCACCACGCCCAUGUGCUGUCCAUCACGCUCCUCCAUGCUGACGGGGAAGUACGCCCACAAUCACAACACCUACACCAACAACGAGAACUGCUCUUCGCCCUCCUGGCAGGCCCAACAUGAGCCACGCACUUUUGGAGUUUACCUCAACAGCACUGGCUACAGGACAGCAUUCUUUGGGAAGUAUCUGAAUGAGUAUAACGGUACUUACAUUCCUCCGGGCUGGAGGGAGUGGGUCGCCAUGGUGAAGAAUUCCCGCUUCUACAACUACACUCUGUGCAGGAACGGCGUCCGAGAGAAACACGGAUUUGAAUACUCAAAGGACUACCUGACAGAUCUCAUUACUAAUGACAGCAUCAGUUACUUCCGCAUGUCAAAGAAGAUCUACCCUCACCGACCCAUCAUGAUGGUGAUCAGUCACGCCGCCCCUCAUGGCCCAGAGGACUCAGCCCCUCAGUACACUACUGCCUUCCCCAACGCUUCACAGCACAUAACGCCCAGUUAUAACUACGCCCCUAAUCCAGACAAACACUGGAUUAUGCGCUACACCGGCCCCAUGAAGCCCAUUCACAUGGAGUUCACCAACAUGCUGCAGCGCAAGAGACUGCAAACACUGCUGUCCGUGGAUGAUAGUGUGGAGAAGAUAUACAACAUGUUGGUGGACACUGGAGAGCUGGACAACACAUAUGUGAUCUACACGGCUGACCACGGAUAUCACAUCGGUCAGUUCGGACUGGUCAAGGGGAAAUCCAUGCCCUAUGAGUUUGACAUCAGAGUUCCCUUUUACAUCCGCGGCCCAAAUGUGGAGGCAGGAGGCAUCAACCCCCACAUCGUGUUGAACAUAGACUUGGCCCCCACCAUCCUGGACAUUGCAGGGAUGGACGUUCCACCAGACAUGGACGGCAAGUCCAUCCUCAAACUUCUGGGCACAGACCGCAUGAUGAACAGGUUCCAGCUCAACAAGAAAGGAAAAGUGUGGAGGGACUCGUUCCUGGUGGAGAGAGGAAAACUGCUGCAUAAAGUGUUGAAUGAUGGGAAGGAUAUUGCCCAGGAGGAGAACUACCUGCCCAAAUACCAGCGUGUUAAAGACCUGUGCCAGCGCGCAGAGUACCAGACGCCAUGUGAACAGAUCGGUCAGGUACAACAACAAACACACAGAAGAAUCCUUCCUCUUCUUGUUUUCCUGACAAUCUCUGACAUUAAAAUAAUACAUUGCAGACAGGAUUACAACCCACUUCUCCACAUUACCACAAUGGGGCCGUUUUGUGCGUGCACUAGUGCCAAUAACAACAGCUACUGGUGCAUGAGGACCAUUAAUGAGACACACAACUUCCUGUUCUGUGAAUUUGCCACUGGAUUUCUGGAAUACUUUGACAUAAACACGGAUCCAUAUCAGUUGGUGAAUGCAGUGAACACACUGGAUCGGUAUGUUCUCAAUCAACUGCAUGUUCAGCUCAUGGAGCUCAGGGGCUGUAAGGGACACAAGCAGUGUAACCCUCGUACACGCAGCCUCGAUAUGGAGGACAGAUAUGGGAAGGAUGGGAAGGAUAACUCAUGGAACGAGGACGUCCCGGAAGACACCAACAUGUUUCCCGGUGAGCCGAACUGGUCCGAACUUGAACCUUUGUACAGACUUGAUGAGCACGCCUACGAUCUCAAACUCAACUUCACCCUCAGCCUCGAGAACUGGGCUCAUUUCAGCCGCUCCGUGGACCACAUGUUCACGCUCCUCAGCAAUGACAACCAACCGUACUCUCCACGCCGCCCUGACGACGGACAAACAGGAAGAGGCCACGCUCUGGUGUCCUCCAGCCAAUCCGCUUCAGCCAUCUACCUGACCACUCUGGCCACACCCGCUCUUUUAUUGAAGGAAGCUGGCGCUGAGAUCUUGAGAGACGCUUUGGGGCUAAACCAAGUGGAACGUCCCUCUUCUUCUUCUUCUUCUCCUCCUUCGCCUUCAUCACAUCCCAUGCGACCUGUCGGGUCACAAGUGGACAAUGCAGGCUGGGACACUCCUCUUGGAGAACUGAAAGGGGACAUACAGAGAGAAGGGAGGGACGGUGAUGAGGAGGAAAAGGAGGAGUUUGUUCAGAGACGGACAGGAAGGUUAAGCUCCGCCCACUGUGACUGCAAUGACAUUUUGCAGGAAACGGUUUGACUCUUAUGUAAUAAUCCUCUCACUCAUACCGUCCCAUCUCAGACAGACAUCGCAAAAUACUUCUAAAUUUGAUGGAUGUGAAGGAAGAGAAUGUUUAAUGCCAGCAUACAGUUUGUUUUUCUUCUCCUGUAUGAUCCCUCGCUCCAUUAUGGACUGGCCUCAGAAGCGCAGUGACAUUUCCAUCUACAGUUGGACUGUUUUCCCAACUUGUCCAUGAGAUCGGCUAGGCUUUGAACAGAGCACAUUUUUAUCUUUUAACUUCGAUUCUUUACUCUGUUUUUAUUCUUUCAUCUUUUUUGAUGGGAUUUGGGAAGGCUGGGGGUUAAAAUUAAUAGCAGUAAAACUCCACAAGGAUUGAGUUGUUGUGACCGUUCAUACUUGACUCAGUUUGAAACCGGUUUUGCAACAUAAUUCUUGAUGGCUGCUUUUCUCUUUUUUGGUGUCUCCAGAAGAUGUCUCACUUUGUGGGACAAUGUCUUUUACAGCCGUAUAACGUCACUGAACAACACCUCAGACAGGUCAGUGGCGAAUGUGUGUGUUUGUGUGUUGUGUGAGAGUGAACAUGCUGUAUCUGAUGUCAAAAGUGAAUUUAAGUGUAAUUAAAUGGAGCUUUCUGAUUUCAUUUGAUUUCAAAAAGUUUUUUUUGUUCAAUAGAAAAAAAUCUAAAUCUAAAUUUCUUACAGUUUCCUGGCUGCUUAUUGCAGUAUAACAAGUUGAACCAAUUAACCAAUAAAAAAAGAAAAAUGGUUCAUUUGACGUAUUUGACAAAAAAUGUAUGUUUUCCCCAAGCACACUGAGAAAGAAAUUUUGAUGUACAAAACAUCCCACGUCAUAUUUGUAACCUUAGCUUGUUCUUAAAACUUUUGCUAUACACAAUGCUACAAAUAUCAGAGCAAAUAUAUGAAAUAUGUAUGUAUUUUAAUGUGUGUUUGCAAUGUAAAUGGUUAAAGGAUAUUUUUUAUUACACAUUUGAAGCUAAACUGACCGCCAGACAUAAAGAUAUCACUCCAUCUUGAGGUUUAUUUAUGCAGCAUAUUUUUAAUAGUUCUUUAAUACACAUAUUCAGUUUUUUUAUGGUGAUGUAUCUACGGUUGUUUAAAUUAUUACCUUCCAGAUGUAUUUCAUCCAUCCCUGUUUUGAGAUCAGUUUGGUUUGGUGAUGAUUGUGAUUGAGAUUAUAAUGUUCAAGAGGGUAAUAAUCUGAUCCCUGAUCAGUCCACAUACUCUGGGAUACUUCAUCAGUACAGGUCUGUUCACAUAUUUCAUAUCAGUGUAUAUCAUCCACAACUGAGAUUGUGUAUGGUUGUUUUAAAAACCAUCAUAAUUAUUAUAAAGAUGUAUUGUGCAUAAACUGGAGGAUAGGAGACAAUGUGGAGAGGAGAAAUUUUCCUUUGGCACUUUCAAAUGGACGGCUGUUUUUGAAAGGAAUUUAAAAAAGAGAUGAGAUGGUUUUAACAAAGUCUUGUACAGUUCUAUAGAUUUAUCAUACUUAUAUUUUUGGUUUGGUUUACCAGUGAACAUUUGAUAGUGCUCAUUACUUUGUGAAUAAAGUGUUGAAUGCUAAAA